GUAAAGAUAACGAACAGUGAUCAAGCUCAUAACCCCUAUAAGCAAUACAGAAUAGAUAGAUAAAUAUUGUUUAUCACCGCCAUUUUACUUGCACAAAUGAACACAAUUUGUACAGACGUUUCUUAUUGGUCACGAUAGGUACUUCCGCGUUCGCAAUGAUUGGUAGAUAUUUUUGGUAAAUUUGGCAUCUGACGUGACCCUCUGUUGGAUGUUGUAUGCGAGUAUAAGAGCAGCUCUAACAUACAAUUUUCAUUAGAUUAAGACACAAUUAGAUAUUAGACAACGCAACAACCUUAUUUAUACGGGAUGGACUAUGAUGCCCUCAUCCAAAAGCUGGGAACCUUUGGUCCUUACCAAAAACGACUGUUUUUCAUCGUGUUCUUCCCGAUAAUAUUUGAUUCCUUUGGUACACCAGUGUCAAACUUUUUACUUGGAGACCAACUUCACAGGUGUAAAAUCCCAGACGUACAAAACGAUACCUACCUAAUUCAGGAUCGGUAUCACGAGGAACUAAUUAAUGCAACAAUCCCGAAACGUUCCGAUGGCAGUUACGAUGAAUGUAAAGUUAUCAUCAAUAAGACGAUGAAAAAGUGCUCCGAAUGGGUGUAUGAUCAUUCUGUUUUCACAAGAACAGUUAACUCUCAGUUUAACCUGGUCUGUGAUGACAGUUACUUACAUUCGCUGUCCGUAUCUGCAUACUUUUUUGGAUAUGUUUUUGCCACGCUGACAUUGUGUCCGCUGGCGGAUGUGAUCGGAAGACGUAAAAUGGUAGUCUUUGCUACCACUUUCCAGUUUGUCAUUAACAUCAUCAUGCCAUUCUCCUACAAUGUAGUGAUGUUUAUCAUCAUCCGGUUCUUUGAUGGAGUCUGUGGUCUGUCGUAUUAUCAUGGAGCCUUUAUAAUCGGGAUGGAAAUGGUUGGGCCGUCGAAGAGACUGUUUUCAGGAACAAUGGUUUUAGAAGUGUAUGUCUUUGGAGAGUUUCUGCUCCUAAUAUUUGCAUAUUUCUUACGAGACUGGCGAUGGUUGCAGUUGGCACUUGCUAUUCCAAUGGUUUCUACUGUGUGCUAUUGGUGGCCACAGGUUCUCCCAGAAUCUCCAAGAUGGCUCCUCUCCCGAGGAAAAAAUAAGGAGGCCGUAAAAAUAUUACGAAAAGCUGCUAAAGCUAAUGGAGUGGAGUUUGAAGACUUACCAAGCGACUUUCGAUUGGAAAAAGAGGACCGGGGAGUACGAGAAAUCCUGAAAGAACUGUUUCACUCCAGAAAGCUUCUUCUUAGAUGGAUAAUCAUCUUUUUAAACUGGUUUGUGAUAUCCUUCAUUUACUACGGGUUAACCCUUCACAUUGGGAAGUUAGGCGGCAACUUGUACCUUAAUUUCGCUUUAUCCUGCAUUGUGGAACUUAUCGGCUACUCUUUGUGUAUCUUCAUGGACAGGACCGGACGAAAGCCAAUGCAUCUCACCGUGAUGUUUAUGAGUGGAAUAGCGUGCCUGGCGUCAGUGCUUCCAAUAAAAUUUGGGGACGAUUCACAUAACUGGAUAAUGAUAGCACUAUCUAUGAUCGGAAAGCUUGGGAUUUCUGCCGGAUUCGGGGAAAUCUUUAUCUACACGGGGGAACUGUUCCCGACUGUUGUCCGAAGUUUCGUGAUGGGAAUCUGUAGCUGUGGUGCUCGAAUAGGAUCCAACAUCUCGCCUUAUAUGUACCAACUCGCGGAUGGUAAAUUGCAGAAAAUUUUACCUUUAUUGAUUUACGGAAUCGUCACCAUUAUUGUGGCUUUAUUGUCAUUACAUCUACCAGAAACGAGAAAGCGAAAACUGCUGGAGCAAGUGGAAGACAUAGAACAUGAGAAGGACCUCAUGACAGAAAGCGAGCGUAACAGUGGUCCAGAAGAUUUGGAAAUAAAUGAUGGUGAUUGUGUCAACACACACCGAUGAUGAAAAUUCAAAGAUGGAAUGAUAUAUUGAAAUUUAGAUUGAUCUAUUGUUUAUUGUUUUACGCCAUUUUGGCAACAUUUCAGUAAUUUUACAGCGGUUAGCUAAAUGAUAUAUGUUCGGUGUUGAAUUUUCUCUGAUGGCUUCCAAUCAGUCUACUACUUUUCGAAAGAAGGAUCACGGCGAGUGUGACCGGUCAACAGGGGAUGCUUACUCCUCCUAGGCACCUGAUCCCACCUCUGGUGUGUCCAGGGGUCCAUGUUUGCCCAACUAUCUAUUUUGUAUUGCUUGUAGGAGUUAUGAGAUUGAUCACUGUUCGUUAUCUUCACCUUGCAUGUAAUCCUUGCUUCUUUAAAUCUGAACAAUUUUUGUAUAUAUCGAGCAAACAUUCGUAGAAACAUAAAUGAAAGUAAACGAAAAUCCAGGAAAAUAUUUAUCAUUUGUGGAAAAAUCAGUUGUUUACGAAGAAACUACAUGUAUUUAAUGUUGGGAACCGAAGCUACUAGUUGGGGUGCAAUCAGGCAGUAUACAUACAUGCCAUUUUAGGGUUGUCUUGUUUGUGUAGGUGGGAAAAAAUUCAAUACCGUGUAGGGUGUUGUUUUCUGUUAUCGCCAGACAAGACCGAUAACAUAUCCAACUGCGUAAUUUGGCAUCACCUUAUAGAUCCAAUCGGCAACCCCUGGACGAUUCCGUUACGCUUCGGCUACACUUCACAAACCUCGGAUGUGAUUUGUGUAGGGAUAUACAUCGAUUUGUUACAUUUCAAUACCGGAGCUACGUGUACCUGUUUACUCUUUUCCACUCCGCGUUUAAAGACGCCUACAAACGACUUUUUCGCCACCUUGCAGUUUGCAAAGGAUUGCUCUAACAUUCACUCAGAGAAUAACUAUAUAAUUUGUUAUUUGCCACUGUCAAUACUGAUUUAAUAGUGGCGUUAGUGAAACUAAGAAUACGGAUAUUUGUCAGCUUGUGACAGUUAAAUCGUCAUUAACGGUCACAAAAAACAAAUGAGUAAAAAACCAAUCCCACUUUAAUGCAAUUGCGGAUUUUACUUGAUGUUUACGUCACUUUGGUUUUUUCUCGAUGACAUUUAUGCUUGACGUUUUGUUUUUGCGUCAUUGUUAGCUCACCUGAGCUAAAAGCUCAAGUGAGCUUUUCUGAUCACCCGUAUUCCGGCGUCCGUCCGUCUGUCUGUCCGUCCGUCUGUAAACUUUUAACAUUUUUAACUUCUUCUCAAAAACCACUGGGCCAAUUUCAACCAAAGUUGGCACAAAGCAUCCUUAGGUAAAGGGAAUUCUAAAUUGUUAAAAUAGUGCAGAUUCAAGUUUGUUCAAAUCAUGGCCCCUGGGGGUAGGAUGGGGCCACAAGGGGGGAUCAAAGUUUUACAUACAAAUAUAUAGGAAAAAUCUUCAAAUAUUUUCUUCUCGUGAACCAUUGGGCCAAAGAAGUUCACAUUUACAUGAAAGCUUUCUGAUAGAUAGAAAUCAAAUACAGAAAAAAUGGGUAAAACACACCAAUUACUCAAAGCCUACGCUUCACUUGGCCAAGCGUAGGCCAUUACAGGGUGUUCGUGGCUCGAGUCCUUUCCUACAUAAUUGCUAGAAAGCUGAAUAUUUUUCUAAACUUUUGUACCAGUAAUCUAACAUUUUAUAACCUUAGGCACUAGUGUAGGAAUAUUUAUCAGACAAUUUUAAAAUGAAGGAAAUUUUAGUUCACUAACUCAUCUUCAUACAAGCAUUUUGUCAAUUUGUACUUAAGUUUCAUACCACAACAGACUUCUUCACCAUAACAUCUGAAUAUUCAUGUACAACAUCUGAAUAUGCAUGUACAAAUUGCUUUGGAAAAGUUUCCUUAACACUUCAAAAGCCUUAACAUUCUCAAUGAGAAUAAGGGAAAUAACAUGUAUGAGAUCAUUUCUCAAACUGUCAUUAUCAGCUGCAGAGGGAAGGAACUGAUGAUUAUAGAUGGUUGACAAGUCAGGAUGGCGCAAAUAUGAUACUGUGUUUCAUAUCUUGUGGCCUUAUUUGUUCACCAUCUUUUUGCUCUGGGUUUGUUUUGAUGAAUAUUUAUUUGUCUUCUUAUAGCGUAGUUUUUUUAUUAUUUAAGUUAUUUUGUCUUCUUUUGGGGAAAUCAGACUUUGAGUAAUUUAGCUUUGCAGGUACUUUGAUGUAGAAUGUAUUAGCUGAUUUCCCCAAAAAUCUUAUGUUGAAGCUUUCUUUCGUCAUUUAGUAUUGUGAUAAAUGACAAUUUUUCAAUCUCAAUCACUCUUUUGUUCAGAUUUUUAAUGACAGCAAAAACGAGCUACGGUGAGCAGAGUUUGGGUAAUAGAAGCUGAUAAACAUAAAAUCAGUAUUAUGGAACAUAAUAACAUUUAUGUUUAAAACGUAUCUAUGUGUCUUUACCCUAUUGGGGACCUCGCAGAACUUUACCCCGUUGGGGGCCUCAAGUUUGGUAACCAAUCACUGGCUUGGAUAGGCACGCGAUAGCUUGUGGUUUGCAGCCGUUAACCUUUCCAUAUACAUGGGAUUCAGUGAAUACAAACUGUAAAGUGGAUCAAAGUUUUUUCAUUUUGUUCAACCCUCCACCACCCCAACUUUCCGUCCCCAAUGUGGAAGUUUACUCCGGUGCUAUGCAACUUUUUAUAUGCCUUAUUUGUUCGCCAUCUUUUUGCUCUGGGUUUGUUUUGAUGAAUAUUUAUUUGUCAUCUUAUAGCGUAGCAUUAUUUAAGUUAUUUUGUUUUCUUCGGGGAAAAUCAUACUUUGAGUAUUUUAGCUUUGCAGGUACUUUGAUGUAGAAUGUAUUAGCUGAUUUCCCCCAAAAUCUUGUGUUGAAGAUUUCUUUCGUCAUUUGGUAUUGUAAUAAAAGACAAUUUUUCAAUCUCAA